UGUAACCGAGGCCUGUGUUUUCUGACUGCUGCCUCCUUCCUGUAGCCCGGUUGAGGAAGUGAAUUUCGCUGACAGGGCUGGGUUCAGUGAGGGAGAGCCGAACAAAACAUCUUCUGCGGGGGACUAUAAAACAACAUAACAAGGAAGAUACGCAACGAGGGAUUUGUUGAACCAUAGUGAAGUCAAGGUUUAUAGUCGUCGGUGAAAUCGUGCUCCCCAGUCCCGCUGAGACCGCCGCAGACAUGAGCGACCAGCAGCUGGAUUGUGCCCUGGACCUGAUGAGGCGUCUGCCUCCUCAGCAGAUUGAGAAGAACCUCAGUGACCUCAUUGACCUGGUGCCCAGUCUGUGUGAGGACCUCCUCUCAUCUGUGGACCAGCCCUUGAAGAUUGCCCGGGACAAGGUGGUGGGGAAAGACUAUCUGCUCUGUGAUUACAACAGAGACGGCGACUCCUACAGAUCCCCGUGGAGUAAUAAGUAUGAGCCUCCCAUUGAAGACGGCGCAAUGCCUUCAGCUCGCCUGAGGAAACUCGAGGUCGAAGCCAACAACGCCUUCGACCAGUACAGAGACCUGUACUUUGAGGGAGGUGUGUCCUCCGUGUACCUCUGGGACUUGGAUCAUGGCUUCGCCGGAGUUAUUCUCAUCAAGAAGGCCGGGGAUGGAUCCAAGAAGAUCAAAGGGUGCUGGGACUCCAUCCACGUGGUGGAAGUGCAGGAGAAGUCCAGCGGUCGUACUGCUCACUACAAACUCACCUCCACCGUCAUGCUGUGGCUCCAGACCACCAAGACCGGCUCCGGCACCAUGAACCUGGGCGGCAGUCUCACCAGACAGAUGGAAAAAGAUGAGACGGUUGGAGAGUCCUCACCACACAUCGCCAACAUUGGCCGCCUUGUGGAAGAUAUGGAGAACAAGAUUCGCUCCACACUGAAUGAAAUCUACUUUGGGAAGACCAAGGACAUCGUCAACGGCCUAAGAUCUAUUGAGUCUUUGCCCGAUAACCAAAAGUACCGGCAGCUCCAGAAGGAGCUGUCGCAGGUCCUCACCCAGCGUCAGAUCUUCAUUGACUAGGGUCAGAGGAGUGUUCCCAAUCUGGCCGACAAGGUAAAGCAGGAGCUUCUGAAGGUCGACCUGAUGGAGGCGCUCAAACGCAAACACACCAGCUAGAGUUGCUACUGUUUUUUUUGUUUCUUUCUUCUGUCUCUCUAUCUCUCUCUUUCUCUGCCUCGUCUCCACCAUCUUUUCUCUGUUUCUUUACUUCCUUCCUCACGCCUGUUUCUGUGCUGCACUUGUUUAUUUGUGGGAAAACAAAAAAGGCAAAAAUGCAUAGCUUUUUAUUGGUUUUGUUAUUUUUUCCGUCUGGUUUUGUUUUCAUGCAUCUCAUUUGUCAUGAAGCCAUUCACUUUGGCUCCCCCUGUCUCUCUCCUCUCUUUCUCUCCAUGUUAUGAAUAUAAUAGUAUUACCACGGUUAAUGAUAAUCUUACAGUGUGAGGGUCAUUGUAGUAAUAAUCCCUGGUGUCCUUGGUCUGUUUAAAACAAGUGAUUUUGCCCCGGCUCUUCCUCCGUGUGGAGGAAAGUGACACUGCUCUGGCAGGCUCGACGAGGUCGUCAUUAUUAUGUACAUCAAAUUUAUUUCAAGCACCUACUUUUAUCUACAACACCCCCUCCCCCAAUUCCCCCCUGAUAUAUUUGUAUAAAAAUGAUUACCGUCGGUGUACAACUUGCAACCUAAACGGUGUAACCACGAGGGUGGCCUUCGGUUUGCGUUAAAAGCUUUUUACUCUUUAUUCCACUCUGUCCACAUGCACGUGAGCCUGUGUGGGGAUGCAGUGAGUGAACGUGAACUUAUAAAACACGGGAUGGACUGUUAUGAUCCCUGCCCCAAGCCCCCUACACUGUGUAUAACAUGACAUGCAUCCCCUCUCUUCAGCUUAAUCACCCUUUUCUCUCUCCUCACCUUCUAAGUCUUUGUUGGGGGUCACAGUUCGUCAUUGUGUCUCAUUGGAAACCUUUGUCUGUUUCCAUUUUGGAGGGGAAUCUUUUUGUUGUAUUUUUGUUUUUAUUUUGUAAAGCUUAUGAUUCAUAUUGUAUUAGAGCCUCCAGCAACAAUAAAAACAGUAAAAAGCU